AGUCGCAGUUUGCCGACCACUGCCCUAGGAGAAGAACUUUGUUUUUAAUCUUUCUAUAUAUGUUUUGUAACUGAACCUGGUGCGUUUAUUCUUUCCAGAAAAACAAGUUGCCUACAACAAGCCCUAGGGAAGAGAAGCAAGGGAGACUUAGCCACUGGCAGAACAAACAUGAAUCUGAUGACUUCAGAAGGCCCCAUAGCCAAUCCUGUGUUUGUGAAGGGAAGCAUGUCUCAGGUGCCCGUGUAUCCACUCAACCAACCCCAAGUCCACCAAAUUUCAGGGAACCCACCUGGUUUGGAGCCGCCUGUGCCUAUGCAACCUGCCCAGAGAUCCUUAAAAGAGGCCAAUGUUUUAGGGGCCAUCCAGAUCCUGAUCGGCCUGAUACACAUUGGCCUGGGCAUCAUCCUGGGGACCAUGCUGCCUGGGACCUUCGUAAGUGUCUCAUUCUAUGGAGGCUAUCCCUUCUGGGGAGGCAUCUUGUUCAUCAUUUCAGGAUCCCUCUCAGUAGCAUCAGAACAGCUACCAAGAUCUUCUUGCCUGCUGAAAGGUAGCAUGGGCCUGAGUAUUGCCAGUGCAGUCUGCUCUGUGCUUGGAAUCAUGCUCUUCAUUGCAGAUAUGGUUAUCAACUCCUUAUAUGUCCACAACAGCUCCCAUCCUUGCAGUGAAAUGGUCUCUGGAGUAGCUACUUCUGCCGUGCUGUUCAUCUUUAUCCUCCUGGGGUUCUGCAUUGCCUGCAUGUCUGCCCACUUUGGCUGCAAACUGGUCCGCUAUUCACAUAACAACGGCACUGUGGUCUUCCAAACUGUCUACGUGACAAACCCAGUGGCCAAUUCAGAACCAGUGAACUCACCACCGUCUUAUUCCAGUGAGAUCCAGGACUCCAAAUAAGCCAAAGGUUCUAGAAGCAUCUUUCACUGGAACCAAAAGAAGAACUCUCCUUUCUGGGCUUCUGAAACUCAGCUUUUUCCUUCCCUGACAAACUAAGGAAUGUGUCUCUCUCCAAUCAGACAAGAAGAAAAAAUAAAAGGUAUUCAAAUUGGAUUAGAAGGAGUAAAACUGUCCUUACUUGAGAUAACAUAGUACUCUAUUAGAGAACCCUGAGGAAUCCAACUACUAGAACUGAUAAAUGAAUUCAGUAAAGUAGCAGGAUAUAAAAUAAAUAUACAGAAAUCAGAUGUAUUUUUAUACACCAAUAGUGAAC